GGAAGCAGUUGGGGUAGACUCAGCAGCACAGGCUGGACUGGAGCUGCACUCUCAUAACAGAUAGUUGUCUGGCUGGAGAGGACGGCAGGAUGAGCACACAGACCAGGGGAGAUAAUGUCCAGCUCUGAGAGGGUUUAGUUGUCCAUGUUGUCUCUGCUAGGAAGCCUCUGUCUUUGAAAACCAGGGAGUGCUCAGGCUUGGGUUUGCUUGCUCUUUUAGAGAGGUUCCAGCUUCUGAUCCUGUCUCUUUUUGUUUCCACAACAUGGGGUGCUCAUCAUCAAGUGCACAAACUGUUGAUCAAGAGAAAAGACCCGGCACAAAGCCUGAAGAGAGCAAUGGAGACACACUGGCAGUCCGGAAUGGCAUCCUCUCAGAAGAUGCUCAAACCAUCGAGGACCAGAUGCAGCUGCCUGUGCAGACUGCACUACCAGGUGAUCUGCAGCCGGGGACCGACGAUGAGACGGAGCCCGUGUUGAUGGCCAUAGAGGCCCAAGAGGACCUCGGCUGUGGAGCAGACCUCUUAGCAGAUGCCGAGCAACAGCCAGAAACUUGUGAGGAGAUAGCACAAGAGGCUGCACCAGUCUCUGCUCCGGCUGAAGCCUCUGCGGAGCAGGAAGCUGCUGUAGCAGUAGUGGAGGCAGCACCACCGACGGAGGAGGCAGUCCCUGUAGAAACUGUGACGGCGGAGGCCCCUCCUGCGGCUGAAGUCCUCGCUGGAGACGCAGAGGAAGUCCCUGCUGUUGAAUCUGUUGAAGCGGUGCAGGCGGAGGCCCCUGUCGUCACUGAAGAGGUGGUUGAAGCACCAGCUACUGAACCAGAAGUUACAGUAGCAGUGGUGGGAGAAGCUGAGACCCCUGCUGUAGCGGCUGCUGAGGUCCCCACUGAAGCAGCUGCUGAUGCUCCAGCUGAGGAGCCUGCAGCUGCAGAGGCCCCCGGGGAAACUCCUCAAUCAGAAACUUUAUUAGAAACGCCAACUCAAGUUUCAGAAAGUGAGGCUGCAGCACCAUCCGAGGCUGCGGCACCAAGUGAGGUUGCAGCACCAGAUGAAGCUGCAGCAGUAGCAGUGGAACCCUCCGUGCCUGUCGAUGCUGCAGAGCCUGUAAUAGACACAGACAUCGCAGCAGCAACUGUUCCAGUGAUGACUCCAGUGACCGAGGAGGCCCCUGCAGCUCCUGCUGAGACCGCCCCACCGACAGAGGUGUCCCCUGCCACGGUUGCAGAACCAGCCGCUGAACCAGCCCAG